GAGCGCGGGUCAGCAGCUCUCCACGCAGCCACACUCAGCUGUUGUCUCACCGUCCGGAUGCGUAAACAUCCCCAAAAGGGAAACUCACCCUUUGUGUCCAAACGGAGACGCAGAGCGCCGUGAUGACAGCGCGCGCUGCGUCCGUGCGUUCUGAUGGUUCUAAGUAACCGAUGCCGGUUUGAUUUUGACUUUACAGACCCGAGAGGCGUGUGGUCGGGAGCCGGGCGCACAUGCUCUGAGACUAAAACGAGGAGGAAGAUGUGGAUAUUUCACAGUGCCAAUAACUAUUCGGAGCGCGUUUUCUUCGUGACUUGGAGCCGGUGGUGUCUGUGUUACUGCGCCGCAGUGGCGUGUCUGCUGUUGUCGCCUGUCAGGACGGAUGAUGUCUGCCUGUCGUCCUGCGUCUGUGCCAGAGACUCGGGGACGGUGACCUGCCGUGAGGGGGAGGACACGGAGGUCCCGGGAGACAUACCGGAGUGGACGUCCACGUUAGUAAUCACGGGGAGAAACAUCUCAACUUUACAGCGCGGCGCGUUCAUGACCAACGGCACGGAGUUGGAAGUAACGACACUCUUACUGUCCUAUAACGGGAUACAGGUUAUUGAGCCUUACGCGUUCCUGGGGCUGCCCCGGUUGCAUUUGCUGGAUCUGAGCCACAAUCGGCUGGAGACUAUCUCAGCCAGAGCUUUCCACGGAUUACCUGAGCUGCGCUCUCUUUACCUCAACGACUCAGUGCUGCCUGUGGCCACGACGCAGCUGUCUGCUGCCCUCAGCACUCAAAGUUUGAGCAACCUGCACAGACUGGAGUUGGCGGGAAACAGACUGAUGUCUAUUCCCCUCAGGGCGUUAGAUAUCUAUAAUCUCCACGCGUUAGUGCUGGUAAAUAACUCCAUAGAGACCAUCGGGAGGGAAAAUAUAACAAAUCUGUACCAGCAAAAGCUCCUGAGGGUCUACUUGUCCUUGAACCCGUUUCGGUGCAGCUGUGGACUGGACGCACUCUACUACUGGUUGAAGAACUCGUCCCAGUGCCCAGAUGCAAAGCAUCUCCUGUGCAAUGAGCCAGAGGCCAAGAGGGGGACUCCAGUGGAGAUGCUCCAAGGAGAGGACGUGGACUGUGGGACCGAGAACCUGGAGACAGUGUCUUACGUGUUCCUCGGCAUUGUGCUGGCUCUGAUCGGGGUGGUGUUCCUGAUGGUGCUCUAUCUCAACCGGGGAGGCAUCAAGCGGUGGCUCAACAACAUCAGAGAGGCGUGCAGGGACCAGAUGGAGGUGUAUCAUUACCGCUAUGAGCAGGACUCGGACCCGAGACUGGCCAACGUGGCUGUUUGAUGUGCAGUAACCUGAGGCCUAAGUACUGCACAGUGGAGGGGACAAAGAUGUCUUUAAGUGUUUUUUAAAAACCAGUUCAUUUUGAGCAGCUGGUCCAUGAACUGCAAGUGUCAUAUCUCUCUCUAUCUCUCUCUCUCUCUCUGGAACAAGAGCCAAAGACAGUUAAGAGCCCAUAACGUGUUCAUCUUGUACAAAUGAACACUUUAACCUUUAAGCAGUAUGUCCUUGUUGAAUGUUUGGACAAACUUCAGGAACACACAAGUCAAUUAAGUUCAUUCUAACUAAAGUUGACAAGUUAUGUCAAAUUACACCUUCAACAAACUUAACUUUGUCCAAACUUAGUUAAUUUGUGUGUUACUUUUUUUCAUUUUAAUUGAUUGUACAUAGAUGUAUAGUAUUGUAUUUAAUGCACCAUGUUAACUCAGCAGCAGCUUAACUUAGAAUUAUUUAUCUUAUUUAUUAUAAGAGACAAAUAUAGAGUCCAUGUAUAUAUCUGAUAUGAAAAGAUGGAAUCAAUCAGUGGUAUUAUUAUUAUUAUGACAAACUGCAGCCCAUAUAAACAGUACAAUAGACAUCAUUCAGGGAAAAUAAGUGUUUUUUUUCUAUUGAUAAUCUUUACAGAGGUAGUAUACGGCAAAGAACAGAUUUUCAUCCCUGGAAAAGAGUUUGUUUUCCGUCACUAAAAGGGGACAAAAGAGGACGAGACAAACUCUGACCAUGCGUGUGAUUGUUGUAGACAUGACACCGACCAAAACAUUAAUAAAAGGUCAAAUAAAAAAGUGGUGAGUUAGCAGUGUUCUUCACUUAUAAGUGCAUUUCAUCUUCACUGUCAGGGAAUGUUAACUUCAUGCAGUUCUGUGCCAGACAGAGGGGGAAGGGCAAUGGUUCCAUGUUGUAUUUAAAAAAUGAAAUCGUGAGAAGAGGGAAGAGAGUUCUAUAGUGUGUGCAGUUUUCGACAGGAUGUCACAUCAUCGCCCUCGGUAAAUAAAUAAAUAAAUCUCUCUCCGGAAGAGCAGCAGAGACCAGCGGUAUAAAUCUCAUCAGGCCCAUAAUUACGAUAAUAAACCCUGGGGAUUGAUUAUCGACCCACGAGUACAGUGUCUCUCUUUGGCCCAGAGCUCUUUGAUCACGUUACAGUAACUAAGUGACCUGAGUUAUGAUCGCAAGAAAUGUCAGAGUCCAACGUCAAACAUGGAAACUGGAAAGGGAAAGUGUGGGAAGUGUGUCUGCGUGUGUCUGUGUGUGUGUAUAUCUUCAAAAGAAAGGUAAAGAAUAGACAGACUUUUGUUUCCUCAACCACUGAAUGUUUGCCUGUCUUCUUUCCAGCAGUGGUGGAAGCAGGUGUUAACCAAAGUCCUUGAUUGUGAUAUAAACCAUAAUCAAGAGUCAAUGAGACAAAAUGUGUGGUGAUGAAAGAUGUCUGUAUAUCAUGUAUGAUUAACCCAGAUUAACCCAGUGUCAAAACAGCAUUAACUUCUACACAGCAGGGACUUAAAAGAUACAUAAAAGAUCAAAAUAUGCAUCAGAAACUUCCCUUUGUGUAGUGUGUGUGUAUGAGAGACGGCGAGAGAUUGAAGUACAACCCAAAUGUAUGUGACGGAGAAACACUAUGCCAGUGAGCAACAUUCAUUCAUCCAUUCAUUCAUUCAUCCCAUGUAGCCGACAUACAGCAAAAGGCGGGGUAAGACCCAGGACAGGUUGCCAGUCCAAGAAGUUUAUUUGCUUAUUUUAAAUAAAUAAUGUACAACUAA